GCCAGCUCUCGGCUGGUCGGAUCGGUGCUAUCAGGAACAAAUUGGCGCCAUUUUGAAGCCAAGAGGAGGAUCAGUUCUGCACAAGAGAGACAAUUGCCUAAUAUUCAUCCAAACAGGGAACGGAGAGCAUGGCUCACCCCAGGCCCCGAGUCCCCGACGGGAAGGUGACCUACCCCCCAGGAGUGAAGGAGAUCUCCGACAAGGUCUCCAAGGAGGAGAUGGUCCGCAGGCUGAAGAUGGUGGUGAAGACCUUCAUGGACAUGGACCAGGACUCUGAGGAGGAGAAGGAGCUCUACCUCAACCUGGCCCUGCACCUGGCCUCCGACUUCUUCCUCAAGCACCCGGACAAGGACGUGCGUCUGCUGGUGGCGUGCUGCCUGGCCGACAUCUUCCGCAUCUACGCCCCCGAGGCCCCCUACACCUCGCCCGACAAGCUGAAGGAUAUUUUUAUGUUCAUCACCAGGCAGCUAAAGGGGUUGGAGGACACAAAGAGUGCCCAGUUCAACAGAUACUUCUACCUACUGGAGAACAUUGCCUGGGUGAAGUCCUAUAACAUCUGUUUUGAGCUGGAGGACUGUAAUGAGAUCUUCACUCAGCUCUACAGGACUCUGUUCCAGGUGAUCAAUAACGGGCACAACCAGAAGGUGCACAUGCACAUGGUGGAUCUGAUGAGCUCCAUCGUCUGUGAGGGGGACACCGUGUCCCAAGAGCUUCUGGACACCGUGCUGGUCAACCUGGUCCCAGCACACAAGAACCUGAAUAAGCAGGCGUAUGACCUGGCCAAAGCCCUGCUGAAGAGAACAGCCCAGGCCAUCGAGCCCUACAUCACCAACUUCUUUAACCAGGUGCUGAUGUUGGGGAAGACGUCGGUGAGUGACCUGUCGGAGCACGUCUUCGACCUGAUCCUGGAGCUGUACAGCAUCGACAGCCACCUCCUCCUCUCGGUCCUGCCCCAGCUGGAGUUCAAGCUCAAGAGCAACGACAACGAGGAGCGUCUGCAGGUGGUGAAGCUCCUGGCCAAAAUGUUCGGGGCGAAGGACUCGGAGCUGGCCACACAGAACAAGCCACUCUGGCAGUGCUUCAUGGGAAGGUUCAAUGACAUCCACGUCCCCGUCCGACUGGAGUGUGUGAAGUUCGCCAGCCACUGCCUCAUGAACCACCCAGACCUGGCCAAAGACCUCACCGAGUUCCUGAAGGUCAGGUCACAUGACUCUGAGGAGGCCAUUCGCCAUGAUGUCAUCGUGUCCAUUGUAACGGCCGCCAAAAAAGACCUGUCGCUCGUCAACGACCAGCUGCUCAAUUUUGUGCGUGAGCGGACCCUGGACAAGAGGUGGAGGGUGCGUAAGGAGGCCAUGAUGGGCCUGGCGCAGGUGUACAAGAAGUACUCUCUGCAGGCAGCGGGGGGGAAGGAGGCCAGCCAGCAGAUCUCCUGGAUCAAAGACAAGCUGCUGCACAUCUACUACCAGACCAGCAUCGACGACAGGCUGCUAGUAGAGCGUAUCUUUGCUCAGUACAUGGUGCCUCACAACCUGAACACCACAGACAGGAUGAAGUGUCUGUACUACCUGUACGCCACGCUGGACCCCAACGCCGUCAAAGCUCUGAACGAGAUGUGGAAGUGCCAGAACAUGCUGAGACAUCAUAUGAAGGACCUGCUGGAGCUGGUCAGCCAGCCCAAGACGGAAGCUUCCAGCAAGGCGGUGUUCUCCAAAGCCAUGCUCAUCACAAGGAACCUUCCGGAUCCGGGCAAGGCCCAGGACUUUGUGAAGAAGCUGGCGCAGAUCCUGGAGGAGGACGAGCGGGUGCGACAGCAGCUGGACACGCUGGUCAGCCCGGCCUGCUCCUGCAAACAGGCCGAGGACUGCGUGAAAGAUAUCACUAAAAAACUGAGCAGCCCAAAGCAGCCCAGUAACCCUUUCCUGGAGAUGAUCAAAUUCCUGCUGGAGAGAAUCGCACCUGUACACAUCGACACAGAGUCCAUCAGUGCUCUGAUUAAACAGGUGAAUAAGUCGAUUGACGGGACGGCAGAUGAUGAGGAUGAGGGUGUGCCCACAGACCAGGCCAUCAGAGCGGGACUGGAGCUGCUCAAGGUGCUGUCCUUCACUCACCCGAUGUCCUUCCACUCGGCCGAGACCUUCGAGUCGCUGCUGGGCUGCCUCAAGAUGGAGGACGAGAAGGUGGCUGAGGCGGCGCUGCAGAUCUUCAAGAACACCGGCCACAAGAUGGAGGAGAGCUUCCCACACAUCAAAUCUGUCCUGCUCCCGGUACUGCAGCACAAGGCCAAGAAGGGCCCCCCUCGCCAGGCGAAGUAUGCGGUGCACUGCAUCCACGCCAUGUUCUCCAACAGAGACACGCAGUUCGCCCAGAUAUUCGAGCCUCUUCACAAGGGUCUGGACCCGGCCUGUCCGGAGAAGCUGAUCACCCCCUUCACCACGCUGGGGCACCUGGCCCUGCUGGCCCCUGAGCAGUUCGCUGGGCCCCUCAAGUCCCUGGUGGCCAACGUCAUCGUCAAGGACCUGCUGAUGACCGACCGGGUUCCGGGAAAGAAGACGACUAAACUCUGGGUUCCAGAUGACGAGGUGUCCCCCGAAACGCUGGCUAAGAUCCAGGGCAUUAAGCUGAUGGUGCGUUGGCUGUUGGGGUUGAAGAAUAACCUGAGCAAGUCGGGGAACUCCACCCUGCGGCUGCUGUCGGCCAUCUUGAGCAGCGACGGAGACCUGACGGAGCAGGGCAAGAUGGGGAAGCCGGACAUGUCUCGCCUGCGCCUGGCAGCAGGAAGUGCUCUCCUGAAGCUGGCCCAGGAGCCCUGUUACCAUGACAUCAUCACCCUGGAGCAGUACCAGACCUGCGCCCUGGUCAUCAACGUACGAGAGAUUAUCCCCUUUACUGCCCCACAACACACUUAUCUGUACCAGACCUGCACCCUGGUCAUCAACGACGAGUGUUACCAGGUGCGGCAGGGCUUUGCUCAGAAGCUGAAUCAGGGUCUGUGGGGACUGAAGCUUCCUCUGGAGUACCUGGCGGUGUUCGCUCUGUGUGCUAAAGACCCUGUUAAAGAGCGCCGUGCUCACGCCCGGCAGAGCCUCGCCAAGAACGUCAACAUCCGCCGCGAGUACCUGCGCCAGCACUCCGCCGUCAGCGAGAAGCUGUUCUCCCUCCUGCCGGAGUACGUGGUUCCCUACGCCAUCCACCUGCUGGCCCACGACCCCGACUACGUCAAGGUGCAGGACGUGGAGCAGCUGACCGACAUCAAAGAGUCUCUCUGGCUCAUCCUGGAAAUCGUCAUGGCCAAGAACGAGAACAACAGCCACGCCUUCAUCAGGAAGAUGGUGGAGAACGUGAAGCAGACGCGAGACGCCCAGGCCCCUGGGGACCCCAAAACUAACGAGAAACUCUACACGGUCUGUGACAUCGCCAUGAACCUGGUGGUCACCAAGAGUGUCACCUACAGCCUGGAGUCCCCCAAAGACCCCGUCCUGCCCGCCCGCUUCUUCACCCAGCCCGACAAGAGUUUCAACAACACAAAAAACUACCUGCCCCCGGAAAUGAAAUCCCUAUUCGUCCCUGGAAAGCCGAAGUCGUCGAACGUCCUGGGGGCGGUGAACAAGCCCCUCUCCUCGGCGGGGAAGCAGCAGCAGCAGGCCAGGCUGUCCCGCAUAGAGACCGCCAGCAACGCCAGCGGCAGCUCCAACCCCGACUCCCCCGGGCGCAGCAAGGGCAGGUUGGACAGCGCGGACAUAGACCACAGUGAGAAUGAGGAUCUGGCCGGCCUGAAGAGGAGCGACAAGAGGGACGACUCUGAGCCGGCACGGGACAGUGACAGACCCCGGGGCCGAAAACGUGCCGCGGCCCCCAGCCAGGACGACGACUCCGCCCAGGACGCCAAGCCCAAACGGGGCCGCAAGAAGGCCGCCGUCGCCACGGUGACAGACCCCGCCGACGUAUCCAUGGAGACGGUGGAGGAGGAUGAGCAGAACAGCCCGCCCAAGAAGGGCAGGAGGGGGCGGCCCCCAAAAUCCGCCACGCCCAAGGAGGGCGGUCCCGGCAAGGGCGGGCGUGGCCGGAAGAAGGCCCCGCCCCCCGAGGAGGAGGAGGAGAAGGAGGGAGAGGAGGAAGAGCAGGAUGAAGAGGGAGAUGGGAACAGCGAGACCAUGGAGGUGAAGCCCAAAGUGGGCAGGCAGGCCAGAACACCACGGCGGCCUCAGAAACGGGGAGGGACUUCAGAGACAGACAGCCCUGCUACUGCUACUACCACCCCACCCAAGAGGAGAGGGAGACCCCCGAAAUCUGCACAGCAACCAGCAAAGAAACCUGCGCGUAGGGGUCGUCCCAGAGCAGGCGUCAAACAGAACAGAGAGUCCGAGGACGAAGAAGAGGAGGAAGAGGAUGAAGAACAGGAAGUGUAGGAAGCCGUUCUGCAUCCUGUUCUUCCACCGCCGAGCAUUCUGGGUAUUUAUUCCCAUUUCACCGUCAAAGUCGAGAGGCAAGAGGAGCAGAAGAAGAGUGAAAGAAAAGAGCGGGAGAGAGAGAGAGAGGGAGGGGGGUGAGAGAAAGAGAGGAAGGUGAGAGAGAGAGAGAGAAGGGGUGGGAGUGAUCAGUCUGCGCACUUGGGGAACCCCCGGACACUUGGUACCUGGCACUUGGAGCUGUGAUCUGUGAUUCGUUUGGGUUUUUAUGAUGUUUGCUUGGUCAUAUGAGAAAUCUAAACUAACGUGUGUGGGGGGGGGGGGGGUGUAUAGCUUUUAUCUGUCAGCUUUAAGGCAUUUAUCUGUCCCGAAGAACCUCAACAACCAGACUCUCUGAAACAUCCGUUGAGUGGUCUUUCUUAUCAUGUUUUUUUGUAUUUUUUAUUAUAUAUUUUUUACAAUAUGUCAGCUGUGAGGUGAAUUAAGUUUACAGUUUUCCCUCUUUGUGUUACCGAUCAUGUGAUUUCCCAUUUUUUAAAAAUGAGGUUUGAUUUGUUUAUUUUAUGGGGAUGAUUUUUUUGGAGGAGCACUCCAAACUGAUCAUGUAUGUGCCGUCUCCACCUCCUGUUCCAGACAUACCAUCAAAAAAGACAUCAUUCUGCUCUUUUAUAAUGACACAAGCGAUUUUUACUCAUUUUUUUACUUAUUUAAUUAUCCAAUCAGGUUUGCAAGCUGUUGUACCAAUAAAAUUGUUUAUAGAAAUUUGA